CGCUGACUCAAUGAUAGAUGGAACAAUUUACACGAACAAAAUUAUCUUAUCUGUUCAAACAAUCAUUGAAUAGAAGUGAUUAAGAAUUAUUGUACGAAUCAUUACCUUAAGUAUGUACAAGAACUUUAUUCAAGACGAGGAUAGAGAUAAUCCGUACAAGAACAGUUUUUGUCCGUUCAAUUAAUUUAUAAUAUUAUUUAUUUAUAUAUGUGGAGCGGAAUGUGCCUAAAAAUUAAGCGAUUGAUCAUCUCCGAACCUAUGCUUGUUGUGCGUCUCANGUAUCAUAUGCAUGAUACUUGUGAUCUCAUCCUCCACUGAGUAGUUUGUAGUACCACCAGCCUUGUGGCCUCCAUUGCCACCACCUUUGGCACCAACGCCUGCUGUUUGAUUGAUCUUAACAAAAACACCAGUGUGUGGGGAUUGGACAACAAUGAGCUGCCUCUUUGUUGCAGUAGCUGGCCUCCUCCUCCUCCUCUCUUUGCUGCAACAAAGAAAGGAAAUAGAAUUUGCUGACAAAGAGGACUGAUAGGGACAUACAAGUUUAUGUGUCAUGAUAGAGGUGCCUGGGCGCCAUUCACUCUUAAUAAAGGUACCUCUCUUUGUUCUUGUUUAGGAUAGCUGAGUCUACUACUAGUAAUAUUGUCAAGUAGUCUUAAAGAUCCUGGUGUGCUUUCUCUUGAAUCUUACAACGGACUUGAAAUUUUGACUUGUGGGUUCCUCAAUAGAUCUAGAAACAUUUGAAUGGGGGUCUUUGGCCCAUUCAAAAUUUGCUAAAGUUCGUGCUAAAUAUGCUGGUGGUCUAUCUGUCUACUAUCAAGAAAUUUAGCAUUGAUUUAUAUAACAUUACACGGCUUUGAUGGCUAAUUGUCAACUACCAGGUAUCAUACCUUGAUUUGUAGUGGAAUAAAUCAAAGAUGGUACGAGGUACAACAAACCUUACUAGUAAUGUGGAUCAAAUCGAAGCUAAAACUGCUGCUGCUGCACAGUUUUCACCACCACUACUAGUCAGAAAAAAAAACACCAGCAGGAGGUUUGUUGCACCCUCCAGACAGACCCAUUGGGGACACUUCCCCUCCACACAUUUACUGGAAAAACUUCAUUAUUAAGAAAAAGGGGAUCCAGAAGUCUCAGAUUAAUUGGCCAACAAGUGUUUUUUUUAAUUAGAGUUUUCCAUAUCAGUAUCGUAGCAUCCUAGCAUCCUACUAGCAUCCUACGUACAAAUUAGUACUACCAAAUAUUUCGAUAUUCCUUAUUGUUUUUUAAAAGUGAGACAGUUUCAAGUCGGGAAACCCAAGUGUUUUGUUCCCUCCGAACCGUGUAAAAUUUGUACUGGCUCAAGACCUGUCUCCAUCUCAUUAGGGUUCGUACCUCGUACUUCGGUGAUUGGAACUCAUUUUGAUAAUUUUUCUAUCCAUUCGCGCAUACAGUAUUGUUACUGGAACAUAUUAAAUUCGGAUAGUACGUUACUAUUUUCGGGAGAUUAAGUAAUAUUGACAAAUGGAUUGAACUCAUCCCUGCUGUCGCAACAUAUUACUUAGUCUUACGCUGACUCAUUAAUAUAAAUUGAACAAUUUACACGAACAAAAUUAUCUUAUCUGUUGAAACAAUGAUCGAAUAGAAGAAAUUAAGAAUUAUUGUACGAAUCAUUACCUUAAGAAUGUACAAGAAGCUUUAUUCAAGACGAAGAUAGAGAUAAUCCGUGCAAGAACAGUUUUUGUCCGUUUAAUCAAUUUAUAAUAUUAUUUAUUUAUAUAUGUGGAGCGGAAUGUGCCUAAAAAUUAAGCGAUUGAUCAUCUCCGAACCUAUGCUUGUUGUGCGUCUCACUUCCCCGAAGUACUUCUACUUAUUUUUCCCGAUCAUUUAUUUUUAGUUUUUUUUUACAUUGCCACACGUUUGAACAGAUGCGUUGAAGAACGUCGAAUAGUCUCCAAUCACGAGAAGAAAGAACUGUAGAUCAAUCACAGACAAUCAGYUUGUAAGCGGGUUCUCUUUAUCCUAGAACUUCCAGUUGCAUAUGUUCUCUGGCUCAAAAUCCCAAGCAUCGUGGUGGUUCCCAAUAUUUUCAGUUUGUCAAUCUCCGAACCCACAAAUUCUGAUGAGCACAAAAAMAACAUCAUGACCUCGCAUACUCCAUAUACGAUAGUAUCAAUCGGUUGCCAUAAGGCUUYUAAGAAGAUCCCGAAUGAACGUGUGACAUAUUCAGGAAAUUUUCGCGAURCUGAUGUGAYUCCGAUUAACAAAAAUUCCAAUCUUAUCAUUUGCUAUCCCCUCGAUCAAGUUUCACCUAAAGAGGAUGAUGUUCGCGAAGUAGAGGUGUGCGAUCGUUAUGGGGCAGAAACCAUGUCGAUAUCUUCAUCCAUUGUCUCUGAAGAGCUUCUUACAGCUCGUAUUACUACAGUAUGCGAUGCCUCUUUAGGAUCUUYUGAGAUAAGCUCUACGAAUGAGGCGGAGACGAACAUAAGAGAAGACAUGAACCAUCGCGUCAGAUUUMAACCUGGAACAUCGAUGGCACCCAAACUGACCACUAAGCAAAAGAACAUGCGUAAGCUUGUGAACAAAAUCCAUUAUGGCAAUAGCGAUUCUUUGUCUUCAUUAUCGCUUUCAUCACAAAAAACCUGCGACUCGGUUCGUUGGUGGACAAACGAAGAACUCGACGUCAUCCGUCAGUCCUGUGAAUCGGCCGUCAGACAACGAGAAGAUGGCACAAUCGAAGGAGACUCUUCGCUCGAYCGCUUUUCGGUUCGAAACCGCAAGCGCCGUAAGCUGAUACGUUCGAAAAUGUACGAGACCACCAAGGCUAUCCAAGAGUAUGAAUCUGCCACGAAGACCAAGGUACCGGACCUUCUCUCAGAGGUUCUUGGAAUCUAUAGCAAACCUAUGGAACGCUAUGCGAUCAAAACGGCAUUGAAAAUGCUGCAACCAGGACAAUAUAUAUMAAAAAGUAGGGGAUAGAGUAUCAUAUAACGACUGUGGCGCCCUUUAUGCAGGGCCAAGUAGAUAAUAUGGAUAUUUUCUUUUCAAUCAUUAUAAAACAUCAAAAAUCGA